AUGGGACACCCUAUAGGGAGUUGGUGGUUCCUGGCUCCAGCGAUAGGGGUAUUACUGGUAGGGUUAGUGGUUCGGGAAUGUCACGGCGAGCUAUUGGAAUUGUCGGAAUAUUGGCGGAUGCCACGUGUGUUCCAGUACGAAGACUACGACAUCUGCCUAAACGACAACCCAUCCGUACCGUCCGUAUACUGCGUAGUGAAGGCGGUCAUCCGGCCAGACAACACCUCCGAUGUCUGGCGCAUUAUCGAGCAAGCUUCGGACAACUGGAAGGUGCACGUCAACCAUGCUCAUCUGGACCGGGGGUUCUGUGUGCGGGACUGCGAACGCCGACUCGAGAGUUUGAGCGCUUCCGAUCGGCUCAAUGCCAGCGAGUUGCUUGUGCCGAAAUUCAAGACCAACAUCCGGUACACUUUCCCUACAGGGACUUUCAGAAGCGUCGAAGCCUACCGCAAGAACUACUCGGAGCUGCUAGAAAUGUGCGUCAACGCCGAGCUGUCCGAAAAGUACGGACUCAAGGCGCAAACGGUGAUAGAGUACUGUGAUAGUAAUACUACAUCAUACCCGAUCGAUUGGCUAGAAAUCACAUUUAUAGUGGUGGCGCUCGCGAUCGCCGCCAUUGUGACCGCGUCCAGCUGGUACGACUUCCGGUGCAAAACGACGCACGGACUGGAACACUACAUGCACGAUCUACCCAGCUCGAAGCAGAUGUUUCUGGUGUCGUUCUCCAUCAUCCGGAACUGGUAUCGCAUAAAGUGUCGCGGAGAUGACCAGCUGAGCCACGACCUGCGCUACAUCCACACGAUCCGGAUGCUCGUCUUUUUCGGCGUAACCCUGGGACAUACCCUUUUCUACGCACAACCUCGGACGGCCCUCACCAUCGAGAAGCGUUUCUACGAUCUCCCAACGAUGGUGCUCAUCAACGGGUUCCAGAUAGUGACGACGUUUUUCUCCAUCAGUGCCAUGCUGUUGGUGCUGUUCUUCAUGCAGAAGGUCGAACAAACGAAGAAGCAGGUUGGAGUUCUUGAAAUUUUCAUAAUUUCCGCCGCCCGUUACGUUCGAUUGACGCCCGUGUACGCGUUUGUGAUGCUGUUCGAGGCUACCUGGGUCAUACGACUAGGCGAUGGACCGCUGUGGCAGAAAGGUUUCGAAUCGGGCCGAACGUACUGCCGAGAGAACUGGUGGGCGAAUAUACUCUACAUCAACAACUACUACAAGGUGGAUCAGCCGUGUAUGCUGCACACGUGGUAUCUGGCGGCCGACUUUCAUCUGUUCGUGUACGGUCUUGUGCUGUGCGCGUUGAUCACGCGGUUUCCCAAAAUAAGGAAUCUACUGCUGGGGGCGAUGCUGAUCCUUAGCUACGCCAUAACCUCCAUCAUUAUUUACGCCAACGAGUUCGAUGCCAUCCCAAUAUUCACUCCAGAGCAAAUUCGAUACUGGUUCUGGUACUGGCCAGUUUACACGGAAACUUAUGUCCCAACGCAUAUGUACGUGGUGAACUACACCUGCGCGAUCGCACUUACGUUUUACUAUAUUCACCUGUCCAAAACUAGGUCCGAUUAUCACUGGUUUGUGAAAGCGUGCUGGUGGGUUAGCUGUCUGUCAAUUCCAUCUAUGUUUGCCGCCGGUUACUUCUUCUACCACAACCGCUUCGCGACGCCAUCCCUCUGGAUGGCCCUACUGUUCCCGUUCCUACGCCUGCUGUUCACGGGGAUUGUGUUCUUUAUCGGCAUCGGCCUUUCGUUCCGGUUCGUGAAGCUACUGACCCGACUGGCGGACAUUCCGUUCUACACGAUCAUCGGCCGGCUGACGUACAGUGCGUACCUGGUGCAUCUGUGUCUGGUCAAGAUGGCCGUGUUCAACACCAGAAGCUUCUUCCGCUACGGAACAAUCGAUAUCGGUUCCGUCUGGGCAGCGACCGUCGUUCUCUCGUACAUGUUGGCUUGGAUGCUGUGUUUGGUACUGGAGUCACCGUUCAUUGCACUGCAGAGGCAGCUGUUCAAGCGCCACGUGCGAUCUGAGGACGGUACGGAGCACUCGUCCAGCAGUGCUGACCACGGUACGGAUACGAGCUACUGCGAUCAUCCGGACGAGAAGAAUUCCAUGCCCAAAGUUAUUUUCAGUCAACGUUUUUAA